GCUGUGAACACGAGAAAAAAAGCUAAAAUGGCCAGAACCAAGCAGACCGCGCGUAAAUCCACCGGAGGAAAAGCUCCCAGGAAGCAGCUGGCCACCAAGGCUGCCCGUAAGAGCGCCCCAGCCACCGGCGGAGUGAAGAAACCUCACCGUUACAGGCCCGGUACCGUGGCUCUGAGAGAGAUCCGUCGCUACCAGAAGUCCACCGAGCUGCUGAUCCGCAAGCUGCCCUUCCAGCGCCUGGUGAGGGAGAUCGCUCAGGACUUCAAGACCGACCUGCGCUUCCAGAGCUCCGCCGUCAUGGCUCUGCAGGAGGCCAGCGAGGCUUACCUGGUCGGUCUGUUCGAGGACACCAACCUGUGCGCCAUCCACGCCAAGAGGGUCACCAUCAUGCCCAAAGACAUCCAGCUGGCCCGUCGUAUCCGCGGAGAGAGGGCUUAAACUCACCUUAGGCUACUGCUCUAAACAACACAACGGCUCUUUUAAGAGCCACAUACAAACCUUAACAGAGCAACAGUCCUGAAACCAUUGUGUCCCACGUGUUCAUA